UUGUUGACGAGUGAUGCCGGUUUUUAUUAUCGAUUUAUGAUUUGUGCACAAAUGUGAAGUGCAAGGGUUUAUUUGCAAAAACGGUGUGUUUUUGUGGACUUUUCCUUGUGUGAUGAUCAACUGAAUCCAGCCUUGGUUGAAAACCUUUUCAGCAUAAUGAGUAAAAGGCGUCGAACGAGUUCUAUAGCCAGUAGGGGGCAAGAAGACGAUUCUUUGGAUAGUCUGGAGGCUUCGACUAGUACAGGACCUACGAUGCGAAAGCGCAGCAAAAAACUAGAUCCUAUGGAACUUUGUCAACAAUUGUACGAUUCAAUCCGCAAUCACAAAAAAGACGACGGGACUCUUCUCUGCGAUUCGUUUAUUCGAGUACCGAAACGUAGACAAGAGCCCGGCUAUUAUGAGGUUGUUUCAAACCCGAUCGAUUUGUUGAAAGUGCAACAAAAACUGAAAACUGAGGAAUAUGAGGAUAUCGAGGAUUUGCAGAACGAUAUCGAGUUAAUUGUCAAUAACACGAAAGCUUUCUAUAAAAAGAAUUCGCAGGAGUAUCGCGACGCCAUAGAUUUGUGGGCCUUGUUUCUCUCUAACAAACACAAACUACUUAAUACCAAAGACGAUGAACCCGAACCUAAGGGAAAAAUCGUGUUAAAAGUCGGAAGACCGAGCAAAAAAGCCGGCACUCCGGUCGAAACCAAAGAACCUGAGCACUCUGAGGACACUUCAGAGAGUUCGAAUUUCGACGACGAUGUCAAUUUAUACGAGGAGCUGUUCACUUCAGUCAUGACAGCGACCGAUAAUGAAAAUCGGCCACUUCACACUUCUUUCCAGCUAAUUCCCUCGAAGAAAAAAUAUCCCGAGUAUUACGAAGUGAUCGAACAACCCAUCGAUCUAAAAAUGAUUGCCACCAAAAUCCAAACUAACGACUAUUGCAGCUUGGCCGAGCUCGAGAAAGACUUGAUGUUAAUGUGCAAAAACGCCUGUUUGUUUAACGAACCCGGUUCGCAGAUUUACAAAAACGCGAAAGCGCUGAAAAAGAUAAUUCAAAGUAAAAAAGCCGAGCUGGAUCACAUUAAAUUAAGUUUGGGUAAAAGCAGCGAACGCAUUAGGAAUAAACGGUUAAGGGGCAGUACAUCGCUAUCUGCGGUCACUGCAGCCCUAAGGGACGACGAGUCGGACGCUGAGGUGGAACCAGAGGAACAGAUGGACGAUGAAUCAAUUGCUGAUCCUCUUGAUGUCGAAGAUCCCCAGUGGCAAUUGUUCGAGGCUGUGCGUUCAGUGACGAGUAAUAGCGGAGUUUCCUUGAGCGAACCCUUCUGGAAAUUGCCCUCGAAACGUUUCUAUCCAGACUAUUACCGCGAGAUCAAAAACCCAGUCUCUUUGACUCAAAUCAAACGAAAACUGACCAAGCACGCUUAUGGCACCAUAAGCGAAGUGGCCGGUGACAUGACCAUAAUGUUUGAGAAUGCGAAAAAGUAUAACCUGCCGUCGUCAAGGUUGUAUAAAGACGCUGUCAAGUUGCAAAAGGUCAUGCAAAUGAAAGUGCAAGAACUACUUGACAUUGAUCAGGUAACAUACAGAGUCACUAACAAAAACCGGAAGGAUACAGACAGUGAGGCAGAUUCCGAAGUCGUUGUGCGCAAAAAGCCAGGACCUAAGCCAAAAAAUACGCAAUCGAGUGGCAGCACGCCACAAAGAGGGCGUCCACCGCGAGACCCAAUCCCGCUAAAAAAACGUUUGCACGCUUUAGCGAAAUAUAUGCUCGACUAUACUUGUGAGGAUGGCCGAAAGCCCAUGCUCGGCUUUAUGGAAAAACCCUCGAAAAAAUUGUAUUCGGAAUAUUACGAAGUCAUUUCGGAACCGAUCGAUUUCCUCGAAAUUGAGCAAAAAAUUCGCGCCGAUCAGUACAGCUCCGAGAGUGACUUAGUCAAAGAUUUUAAGCUCAUGUUUUCGAACUGCCGACAGUUUAACGAGGAAAAUUCGCCAAUUUACGAGGAUUCCCUCGUUUUGGAAAAACAUCUGUUGGAUAAAGUUGGGCAUAGUGUCACUCCGGAAAAGAAGGAAAAAACCGUAGUCAGAGUUUGCAGUGUUAAACCGCGCAAAAUUCUCUCGCCGGUUGAAAAAAACCUAAGAACUUUGUACGACGCGAUCAGGGAUUAUCGGGAAGCUAAAGCCAACCGACAGUUAUCGCUGAUUUUCAUGAAGUUGCCGUCGAAAAUAGACUAUCCCGACUAUUACGAGGUGAUCAAGAACCCGAUAGACAUGGAAAAAAUUUCACAAAAGCUGAAAAGCAACUCGUACGAGACCCUCGACGACUUGGUCUCCGAUUUCAUCCUAAUGUUCGACAACGCGUGCAAAUACAACGAGCCCGAUUCCCAGAUUUACAAAGACGCCUUGGUCCUUCAAACUGUAUGUCUCCAAACCAAGCUUCAACUGAAAGAGGACGACGAUACGGUUCCCGACGUCUCGGCGGCUGUCCAGGACAUACUUUUGAACCUCUUCACCAACGUUUACAACCACCAGGACGCGGAGGAACGGUGCUAUUCAGAUUCGUUGGCUGACUUGCCCGAACACGAUGAAAUCGACGGCAAAAAGGUGCGAGCGGUGUCUUUGGACUUGAUCAAAAGACGGCUUGAUCGCGGUUUGUACAAAAGGCUAGACACGUUCCAAGACGAUGUUUUCGCGUGCUUGGACCGAGCGAGGCGUUUGUCGCGUUCCGAUUCACAAGUUUUUGAAGACUCGAUCGAACUGCAGUCCUAUUUUAUUAAGCAAAGAGACGAGUUGUGCAAAAAUGGGGAGUUGUUGCAAUCGCCGGCUUUGAACUACACUCUCAUGGACCUAAGCUCAGCUGUUGAGUCUUUGAGACAGAGCAAGUUGUUAGAAGAGUCACUAGAGGAGGAGACAGAGACUCGUAGUUCCGAUGAUUCCAUUAUCAAAGAAACUAACAUGAAUGUUGGGGAAUCGUUGACUUGCAAUCAACAGACUUUCAAAGUCGGGGAAUUCGUCUAUUUGGACUCGAAGGAGAAGGGUUGCGACCCCCAUAUUUUACUAAUCGAGCGUUUGUGGACAAACAACGGCCAGCAAAUGCUCUACGGGAACUAUUACUUGAGACCUGCGGAAACGUUUCACGUAACGACGAGAAAAUUCCUCGAAAAGGAGGUUUUCAAGUCGGACACACACAUUGCCGUACCCUUGGAAGAGGUCAAAGAGCGCUGUUGUGUCCUCAGCACCAAACAAUACUUCACCAUGAAACCCGAAGGUUACGAUGAGAAAGAUGUGUACGUUUGCGAGUCACGGUACAGCACUCGCAGCCGCAGUUUCAAAAAAAUCAAAAUAUUCCCCGAAAAUCCCUCCCUGAAGCUGAUCCAGCGGGACGUACCGCUCGAGCCGAAGCGAGUCGUUUCAGUUUUCCGGGAGCGAAUCGAGAAGCACAAAGACGAGCUCGCCGAACUACAGGAACAAGAAAAACUAGUUGAGAAAGACAAACCUGUAAGUUUUCAACAGUGUUGGGUUGGCGCUAGUGAUUUUUUCCAGAACGUUGUGCUUUACACGAAUCUGGAAAUCGACGAUGGUAACACGUAUUACGAGCAGUACAAUACGAUUUGUAGCGGAGUUGUUAAGACCGGCGAUUUCGUUUACGUGGCUGCCGACGGUGGGCGGCAAAUGAUCGCGCAAAUUGACAGUAUUUGGGAUACGAAAGAUGGGAAGUGUUAUUUUCGAGGGCCGUGGUUUGUGGCGCCCAAUGAAGUCCCGCAUUCGCAAAAUCGGUUGUUCUAUAAGCAGGAGGUGUUUUUGUCCUCGAUGGAAGACACUAAUCCGCUCGUGAGCAUCAUGGGAAAGUGUGCGGUGCUUGAGUUUAACGAGUACAUUUCGUGUCGGCCGACUGAAAUACCCGAAAGUGAUAUUUUUAUUUGUAAUUCACUCUAUGAUGAGAUUAAUCGGCAAGUUAGCAAAUUGCCGGUCGAUGGUAUUAAAAAAUAUUAUCACAGUACUUUGGUUACGGAAGAUGAAAUUUACUAUUUUCCCAAACUAAUAAAUGCGCCAAAAGUAGGCAUUGACAUGAGUCAGGUUCAACCAGAUAUUGUCAAAUCUCAGAACACACCAAUACAUAUGGAAGUAGAGGCGUCGCCCCAGCUUACGAAAAUGAACGACAUGGAUAUAUUGAUGGAAGACUCACUAGAUGGCGGGCCACCUUCAGUCGGUUCCGGGGAAAUACCGGUGAUCAUAGCAACACCCGGCACUUCCUUAUCCACCCCAAACACCACCAAGAAGAAACCUAACAAAAAUAAGGUCGUGACCGGUUACAUUUUGUAUUCGCGUGAAGUACGCAAACAAAUCGUGCAAAACAACCCCGACUCGAAUUUCGGCGAAAUCAGCCGAAUUGUGGGUAACGAAUGGCGCUCGCUGCCAGCCAAUGAAAAGCAGAUUUGGGAAGAGCGCGCCUCGAAAUUGAACGAGGAGACGAAAGCUUUGCUCCUAUUGGACGAGCAGUGUGCAAGUCCCGCCCCGCCGAAUCCUCCCGAUACGGUUUAUGAGUGUAUGUGGGACGGUUGCGAUUACCAGUUCGAGGAGUUGCAAGAUUGCAUGGACCAUUGUAUUAAGGACAGUAAGGACUCUCAAGGACACGUCCAGAGCUAUUUCCAGGCGAAUCCCGACGCCGAAUUGCACUGUCAAUGGAAGGGUUGCUUGCGACGAAGCAACAAGAAAAAUAUUCAGCCGUUCCCGAAUUUGGCUCGAUUGGUGCGGCACGUCCGCGACAUGCAUAUAAACAAGGUCAAGGGACGGGUGAUUCCCCAGGGAGAUCGCAGCAAGAACUUCAUUGGUAACCGCGUCAUGCCAGUUUUGCAACCUUGCGUGUCGACAGCGUCCGAAAUAAUUGCCGCUGCUAGUAGCACCUUUAAUUCAACUGCUGGACAACACACAACUACAAGUAACUCAGCUAAUUCAAAUGCACCGGCUCAGAAGCAAGAACCAAUGUUUAUAACUGUGCCCCCAAGGCCGCAACGAGUCUUACAUUCGGAAGCUUACAUAAAAUACAUUGAGGGACUUCAAGCCGAUAAUAAACACAUAACUAACUGGGAAAGAACGUUAUGUGCCACUCAAGAAAACAUUCCGGCACCGGAUUUAGAUAAGCUACAGAACGUAACGGCUUGGUUGGGCAAGAAAGCCGAUCAACAAGACAACGUUGUGGCAGCUUUGUGGUCGUUGCGGAACAAAUUAUUGCGAGAUACUUUAAGUUUGCAAAAGGCAUUGUAAUUUUUUUGAAUCACGUUUUGUAGUAUCAUGUUCGUGAAUAAAGAUAUUUGAAGAUUUGGAA